GACUCCUAGUCACUCCCCAGCAGCCCCUCCUUUCUCACUGACCCUAGUCUCCAGUUCUCCAGCGUUCACAGGUGAGCUCACCAGCGGCCACUGCUCGCGAUGGAGGCCAUCAAGAAAAAGAUGCAGAUGCUGAAGCUGGACAAGGAGAAUGCUCUGGACCGGGCAGAGCAAGCUGAAGCCGAGCAGAAGCAGGCGGAGGAAAGAAGUAAACAGCUGGAAGAUGAGCUGGCAGCCAUGCAGAAGAAGCUGAAAGGGACAGAAGAUGAGCUGGACAAGUAUUCUGAAGCUUUGAAGGAUGCCCAGGAGAAGCUGGAGCUGGCAGAGAAGAAGGCAGCUGAUGCUGAGGCUGAGGUGGCGUCCUUGAACCGUCGAAUCCAGCUGGUUGAAGAGGAGCUGGAUCGCGCCCAGGAGCGCCUGGCCACCGCCCUGCAAAAGCUGGAGGAAGCUGAGAAGGCUGCCGAUGAGAGCGAGAGAGGUAUGAAGGUUAUUGAAAACCGAGCCUUAAAAGAUGAAGAAAAGAUGGAACUGCAGGAAAUCCAACUCAAAGAAGCCAAGCACAUCGCAGAAGAGGCAGAUAGGAAGUAUGAGGAGGUGGCUCGUAAGUUGGUGAUUAUCGAGGGGGACUUGGAACGCACAGAGGAGCGAGCUGAACUGGCAGAGUCUAAGUGUUCUGAACUGGAGGAGGAGCUGAAGAAUGUCACCAACAACCUCAAGUCUCUUGAGGCUCAGGCGGAGAAGUACUCUCAAAAAGAAGACAAAUACGAGGAAGAGAUAAAGAUUCUUACUGAUAAACUCAAGGAGGCAGAGACCCGGGCGGAGUUUGCCGAGAGGUCGGUAGCCAAGCUGGAAAAGACCAUCGAUGAUUUGGAAGAUGAGCUCUAUGCCCAGAAACUGAAGUACAAGGCCAUUAGCGAGGAGCUGGACCACGCCCUCAAUGACAUGACCUCUAUAGCGUCUCUACAGCCAACUUGAGCGAAACCGCCUGCUUUCUAAUGAACUGAAGCUAACGCUGCAUGAUCUGUGUGACUGAUGGCAGGGAGCCCUGGUGCUCAUUAAACCGAGCUUAUUGCUCACACCACUGACCUGGACCCCAGCAAAGAGCUGAUUGUCUUUUAAAAAGUGAUUACGUUGCCCUAAGCAAAUUGCUUUUUAAUUGGGGCAGUUAGAAUACUGAUUUUCUAAGAGCGUUGUAAAGUGGGAGUAGUCAAUGCUGCAUUUCUAUCCCUUUUCAAGAGAUUUUGUGGGUGACGAAGGGAGGGGCAUGAGGUUACAGUGAGAAAAUCCGGGAGCGUUUUCUGUUUUUCACGUUUGUUUGCUGCUCUUAUGCGCUGACUGUAGGAUACGUUCCCUUGCAUGGCUGUUUUCUAACAAUAAAAGGACUGACCUGGCAAGAUGAUGUAACUGCUUAUGUACAGGCCCAGUGAUGGGCCCUUCUGACGGGGUGCGCAGAAGGGAAGGGGAGGAAAAGGUCUGUGUGCCAUCACCUCCGAGAUGAAGAUUUGAGUAUUUUCCCCACUUCCCCAGAGCAGUCAGGGGUUUGCUUGCUGGGCAGAUUAGAUUUCUCUUUGAUGUUCAGCUGCUCAUUCUCUUCCUGGCAUUUUCCCUCUUGCUUCUUUUUCCUGGUUUUAUGUUUAAUGUAAGUAACUGUCACAGGCUAGUUUGGACAAUAACUGCAAAAAUCUGUUAAGGUUUUGCUUACAUGUAUGUGUUUGGUCGUAUUCUUGGCUUUGUUUUUUUUAGAGACGCUUUGACUUACCUGUGGGGUUCGUAGAUUUGUCCCACCAGUUCCUUUCCUCUACUUUUUGGGGUAAAGCUGGUAGCGCGUGAGGCUCCUCCUGUACUCCUUUCAAGUUGAGAGCUGAUGUGUCUGCUGGUAGAAAUACACCCAUCCCUGUUCCCAGUAGUCAAACCCCAAGUAGGUGUUGUACCCUGGGCAAAGCCUAGAAGAGUGGAUGGAUGUCUGAUGUUGAGGGCUGCCUCCUUCAGGCACUGAAAGCUGAAAGGCUUGGUUGGGUGAGGGAGGGAAAAGAAAUGGCUGAUAAGGCCCCCAGUUCCCUCCCCCAGAAGCCCAGCAGCACCUGCAACUUGAGGAAGCAGGCCUGAGGCCCUGCAAAACCGAGUGACGCAAUAGCUCACUUCUGUGGCUGAGAAGGCAGCUUUCUGCAGUUCUCAGAGUGGGUAGACCUUGCAGCUUACUUCUGGGUUUUGUAAUGUUUCUCCUUUACC